UCUUGAAAUGGGUUAAUUAUUAAUGUCCCUGUUGCUAAUAUUAAUAGUUAAUACCAAUCCUGUCUUUGUCACGCCCAUUUGUUUAAUCAAAACUUCUAGUAUCUUAUAUGGAAUCUUUGCUCUCCUUGUAAUCCACGUUGGGUUAAUCUUGCACGCAAAUACCUUAAUUUAUUUCCCAAUCCUUUAUUGCAGUGUUUUAGCACCGAGGGUGUUUGAGCCUGAAAGUUGUUGAUCAAUGGCUGAAUCCUUCGGUCCACGAUUGUACAGCUGCUCGAAUUGUCGAAAUCAUGUUUCUCUCCACGAUGAUAUAAUUUCCAAGUCUUUUCAGGGAAGAAAUGGCCGUGCAUUUUUGUUCUCCCACGCAAUGAAUGUUGUUGUAGGACCAAAAGAAGACAGGCAUCUGUUAACUGGUCUUCACACCGUUGCCGAUAUCUAUUGUGCUGAUUGCCGUGAGGUCUUAGGUUGGAAGUAUGAGCGAGCCUAUGAGGUAUCACAGAAGUACAAGGAAGGGAAAUUUAUACUUGAGAAGGCAAAGAUUGUUAAGGAGAACUGGUAGCACCUGCACCAUGUCAGGGUUCUCGUUCCAUUUAUUCCUGUGUUGAUGUAAUUGUAUCAAUGCUUCACAUUGAUCUUGUACAGAAACUUGUCACCCGUUUGGAAAUUUGUCAUUGUUUCCCACUCUGCAUUCUUUACAUUGCGCAACGUCCACAGAAUGCAAGAUGGAUUGACCAUUCCCAUAUUAAUAAAUUGCGGUAUUGUCAACUACUCUCUACGACAUCUCAUUGUGUACUAUGGAUUCAGCAUUGUGUAAAUACCUGUGGUUAAAAUUGUUUGAAGAAUCUGAGACAUUGUUACUUUUUUCCA